AUGGCUCAAGCAGCUCCCCCUUCAACGACGAUCAUCCCCUUUGCGAACCUGCCCGCCUGUGCGCUCAACUGCGGCGUUCUCUACGAUGCGAACGGCGGCUGUGUGCCCCCAGCAUCUGGCAACAGUGUCGACAACAACUGUUUCUGUGACUUUGCUCCCCUUCAGCCCUUCAAACAGGGCUCCGUGUCAGGCCCUUGCGACGCGGCUGGCUGCGCUGCCGCCGACCUGACGAGCAUUCAAUCAUGGUACACCAGCUAUUGUACCGCCGCGCUCGGUGACUCUCAGCCCACCGUCACCACGCCCACGGGCACGGGCACGGGCACGGCCGCGUCCUCAACACCUACAGGUGGCAGCAGUGCGGGCAGCUCGGGUUCCAGCUCAAGUGGCGGCGGCGGCGAUUGGUGA